AUGUUAAUGGGAGAGAAAGGAUGUGACCAAAAUUCACCUGGCAUUGGAGAUAUUGCGUAUGUAAAAGAUCUAAAGGCUGAGAAGAUUGUCACGAGGAACUUCCGUUGUUCUAAAUUUGGUAUCGCUUACCAUGUUGGAACCAAAUUCGGCUGGGUGUGUAUUAAUGACUUCAAAAUAGAAAUGGGUCCGUGAAAUAAGUAUUUUUUAGAUUUUGCUUUACAUAUUUAAGGAGCUAUAUCUGUUAAUUAUUUUAUUUGAAUUUUUUGUAUGGGAAACGUAUCUGACAAAUUAGUUAAGGAAUCAAUUACUUUAACCGACAGACUUCUGUCUGCAAAAACUGUUCCAUAUUGGUUGGAACUAUCAAAAGCAAAGAAAACGAAAGCGAAAGCCAUUCUUCUGGAAAUUAGUGACGCUUUUUGACUUCCAGCCAAUUGCAAAGGACCUUCACUCGAAACGUUUAAGAAACCUUAACCUCUUCCCAUGUAGUUCUUUGUAGUAACUUCUUUAUUUUAAGAACAAUAACCUUAACCAUACAUUGGAAAACUGUAUUAUCUGGCAGUCAUGCACGCUGAGAUAUUAUAUUAGAUCCUAUAGAACACGUUAAGAAAUCUGCGAUUUGGGGUAUGAAUCUGAAUUCGCCUGAAAAACGGCCUUUCUAAAUUCGCAUUAAGCCAAUCAAAUGAAAGCAACCAUGUGUAUUUGGUGGCAAAUUGAUGGCAUGCAUGUAUGUUUUUAAUUAAGCUUUAAUUUUUGUUUUUUAUUCGUCUUUCAUUCAGUUUGGAAUGUUGCAUAGAAGUAUAAAUUUGCAUUUUUUUCUUCAGGAAAGCAUGAACUCAUGUUUACAAAAACCAUGUACUCAAGGAUUUGCAUUUCUCAGGGAUCUUCCAAUCCAAAUUGACUAUUACGGAGCAUUCAGGUAAGAGUGUACUGUGCAUUCAGUGUAAUAAGCACAUCAGACACGUUUAGCUAAAUAUUUAAUUACUAAGUUUACCAUCGAUAUUUAUAGGAUGUACCCUUAAAGCUCCAGAUCUGAAAUAAAAUUGGCUUAUCUCUAUGUUUUCUUUCAAUAGUGAAUAGUCGCCAUAAUUUCGUUAAUCUUAUUUAAACUUUUAAUCAUGAUGCAGUAUAAUAUUGACGUAGGCCUAUAUAGUACUGUAACUUCAAUUUACAAUAUUUCUAUUUAAUUUUCAGCUACAGUGUUAAUAGACCAGUCUCUGCAGGUACAUCAUAUAAUGCAACUGCGUUCAUUGGAUGUGACCAAGGCUUGAACAAAAUACGAAAAUACGUUAUACAUUGA